CAGAGCUGGGCGAUUUAGGACUCUUUAGGCUAUAAAUAUGAGUUUAAACCAACGAAUAUGGAAGAACACAUCUCAAUAAUGUUGGUAUUUGAUUUCUCCCAAUUACAAUGGCUGCCUUCCAUUCUUUUCCUCACAGUGCUUACACUGCUUCUUCUAAAGAAGGAGAAGAACGAGAGAAUGAAAGGUAUUAAGGUUCCUCCAGGCCCUCCAAAGCUCCCUUUCACUGGGAACUUGCAUCUUUUGGGGAACUUGCCUCAUUGUUCCCUUGAAAAAUUGUCCAAGAAAUACGGCUCCAUCAUGUUAUUGCAGCUAGGCAGCGUGCCUACGGUGAUUGUUUCGUCUGCUAAAACAGCUGAACAAGUCCUCAAAAUUCAUGACCUUUAUUGUUGCACCCGUCCAGCGUCCCCCGGGCCUAACAGGUUCUCCUACAAUGGUCUAGACGUGCUGUUUUCGCCAUACAGUGAUCAUUGGAAGGAGAUGCGUAAAGUUUUCAUUUCCGAGCUCUUGAGCAUGAAGAGGGUACAAUCUUUUGCAUACGCAAGGGAAGCUGAGGUUGAUAAAUUGAUCACUUCUUUAUCUCAGGCUUCCCCGGAACCGGUCAACCUCAACGAAAAGAUAUUUGCGCUCGCAGAUGGUAUCGUCGGUACGGUUGCUUUCGGUAAGAUAUACGGGCCGGACCAAUUCAAGGACAAAGUAUUCCACAAAGUUCUUGGUGAAGCUAUGAACAUGUUGGAUAGCUUCUCGGCGGAGGAUUUUUUCCCAAGGAUAGGAAGAAUUAUAGAUGCUUUGACAGGGCUCGGUGGUAGGCUUGAGAAGUGCUUUUACCAGUUUGAUGGUUACCUGCAAAUGGUGCUUGACCAACAUCUAGAUCAUGCAAGGCGGAAACCAGAGCAAGAGGAUCUUGUUGAUUUCUUGAUGAGAUUAAUGAAAGAUGAAAGCAACAGUUUCAGGGUAACAGAGAAUUGUGUGAAGGCCAUGCUCUUUGAUGCGUUUAUCUGCGGCAUAGUCACCACUUCUACAACGAUUUUAUGGGCAAUGUCAGAGCUGGUAAAGAACCCAAGAGUUAUGAACAAGGUGCAAGCUGAAAUAAGAAACUGCAUUGGGAAGAAAGCAAAAGUAGAAGGAAAAGAUGUUGCGAAAUUGAAAUACCUCAAAAUGGUUGUUAAAGAGACCUUCAGAUUACAUCCGCCAGUCCCUAUAUUACCUCCUCGAGAGGCUAUGCGGGAAUUUAAAGUGGGUGAGUUUGAUAUACUUCCUAAAACAAGAAUUUUGGUUAAUGUUUGGGCUAUUGGCAGAGACCCCAACGGUUGGGAAAACCCCAAUGAGUUUUAUCCCGAAAGAUUCGAGGGAAGUCGCAUCGACUUUAGAGGGUCGGAUUUCAAUUUGCUGCCGUUUGGAGCUGGUCGUCGGAGUUGCCCUGGAUUGGAUAUGGGAGCCACAAAUGUUGAGUUCUCCUUGGCUAACAUGCUCUACGGGUUUGAUUGGGAGGUGCCUAAUGACAUGAAGAGAGAAGACAUUAGUAUGGAAGAAGGUGGACUUGCUUGUCAAAAGAGGACACCCCUUUGUCUUGUGCCAAUUUCCAACAGCUCUUUAAAUAUUCCAUAAAAUUAUGAAAAAGGAAAGUAAUAUGGGAUUGGGAAACUAAUGUAUGGAUCAGUGUCUUAUUAAUUUGAAUAAAUGCAUCUGUUAUUUCUAAAAUAAA